AGGGAACGGCGGGGCAGGUCACUUUUAUCAAGGUAUGCCCGCCUGUUGCAUCUUAACAUGGGUGAUUUCAGGAGCAGGAGUGUCUCUGUGAGUGAAGCUGCUGGUGAUGGUGGUGACGCGGUUCUGUCGGUUGUGCCUUGUAGAGAGGACGAGGAUGAGGAGGACGUGGCGGCCGUGGUGUUGGUUCAUCAAGCCGGCGAGGUGGAAGCCUCCGGGGUGACCGAGAACGCAGAGGGAGACGUCGGUACACAAUUGUCAAAAAACUCACGGCCUGUCGGCAAUUCGAGGCGAAUAUUUUCGCUGUCGUGUUGCUGCGGAGAAGAGAAGGACGCGGAACAACAAACAGAAGAGGAAGAGAAAGAGAAGAAACCAGCAUGUCCCGGUCUUGGUCUCCUGUACAGUCUUCUGGCCUCUGUAUUUUUCUCAGUGGCUGCUCUUCUUGUAAAGAAAAUCGAGGGCAUGCAUGCUGUGGAAAUCAGUGCAAUACGAUGCCUUUUUCAGAUGCUGUUUGUUAUCCCACCUAUGAUCUACUACAAGACUGGGUUCCUGGGACCACGUGGAAUGCGAGUCUACCUGGUCCUGAGAGGAGUUCUGGGCUCCAGCGCAAUGAUCCUGCUGUACUAUGCUGUGCUCCAGAUGCCCCUGGCCGACGCCACCGUCAUUAUGUUCAGCAACCCGGUCUUCACGGCUCUGCUGGCCUGGAUCUUCUUGAAGGAACGCUGUACCAUCUGGGAUGUAAUUUUCACAGUCUUCACGCUUACAGGGGUCAUCCUCAUAGCCAGGCCGCCUUUCUUGUUCGGUGGAGAGCUGUCAGGAAUCGAAGGCGAAUACACCAACCACAUCAAGGGCACAGUGGCUGCUUUCAGCGGGGCUAUCGGGGCAGCUUGCACUAUGGUCAUCCUGAGGAAGAUGGGCAAAAACGCCCAUUACUACCUCUCCAUCUGGUACUAUGCGACGCUGGGGUUCAUUGAGUGUGUGGUGGCCUUGUUCAUUAUGGACGAGUGGACCGUGCCAUCCUGCGGUUGGGACAGGUGGACUUUAAUGGCCAUUGGACUUUUGGGCAUAGCCGGGCAGACGUUCCUGACCAAAGCCCUGCAAAUUGAAAAGGCCGGUCCAGUGGCACUCAUGAGGACUAUGGAUGUAGUUCUGGCUUUUGUCCUGCAGUUUCUCUUCCUCAAUCGCAAGCCAACCUGGUGGAGCAUUGGCGGGGCACUGUGUGUAAUAAGCAGUACUAGUGGGGUGGCACUGAGGAAGUGGUACAACAGCACCAGAAAAAAAACCUGAGCUACUUAGUUUUAAAUCUAAAGAGAUUAUCAUAAAUCAGAUAUGCACUAAUUAGCUUUUGGUAAUUACUAAAUAUUGGUAAGUUGAUACUUAUUUUAUACCAAAGAACCUAGGCCUGGAGUAGCCAUAGCCAAUUAGUGGUAAGAUUUUAUACAUUACCACCAUAGUGGUUUAGUUUGUUUAGGUAAACUUGAAUCACUCUUGUAUGCUACUUGAGGGACGCUAGCAAAAAUUCUCUUUUUAAGUAAGUCUGUAUGUAUUUAUUUUUCUAAAUAAUGAUAUCUGCUUUAUUAUAUUUAUGAAACCAUAUUAUAAUAGACUGCUGGUCAGAAGAUUAAAAGCUGGUAGAGCACAUGGAAGUGAAAUAUGGCUCUCUGGAGGGAAAGCCUGCAUUUGCACUUGGCCAUUGAUAGUGUAGGUGGCAUUACUUUUUGAGUGGCAUAACUGAUGAAAUAAUCAUGGAAGUGUAUUAUUACCGUAUACUUCAACAUCCGUUUUUAUUCAUUAAAAUAGUGGCAUUUAGUUUGUUUCAUUAUUUAGAUGUUUUAUUUAAACUAGUUUGUUAGUAAGAAUGCAGCUGAUACUAUGAGCUAUGAGCUCAACUUGGUAUCAAGUAAUUUAACUUUAUGAACUUGAACUUGAACCUUGUCCCAUUGAGCUAUGGGACUACCAAAGAUCGCAGCACACAAACAUUAACUAGAUAAAUAUUGAUUUAUGGCUUUCAUUUAUUCAUUUAACAUGUUGCACAUUGAGAAGAACAAAGUACAACUGACAUUUUUAAAACAUUUUCUUACAGUUUACUUGCUGUGUUUAAUUUGGAAGAUGAUCCGGAUAUUACAUGUCUGUGUAAACAUUACACGACAUGAUGGCACUUUGCACUGAUGACCAGUGCAAUUUAAUCAGAAGCACUUAUAGAAAAUGUUUUUUUUUUGUGUUUUUCAGUUAAUAAAUGUUGCCUUAAAGACUUUGUUGCGAUACCAUAUCAAUUCGAAUAAAUAUGGUCUACGUUUCCUCCAGGAGUAAAUCACACAACUUUCUAAUAAGAUUAGUGGAUUUACUGUCUGUGUAUUUAAUGGAAACAAAAAGCAUAUUUUGAUAUACUUUCAAUUUUGGAUUAGAACCAGCACUGCAACUUGCAACUAGAUUUUAUGAUGGUGUCACUUAUUUUUGUCAUUCAUCCAGCACAGUUUCACAGGGGUGAACAUCCACACUGUCAACAGUGAUUAGUUGACGUAAGCAAUUUAAGUCAAAACUAAGCUGUGAUAUUAACACAGAUAAACACUGUUUUAUAUAGUCUUAUUUGGUAAAUAAAAGAUUUAAACU